CUCUCGACUUCUGAAACAUUUUCUGCUUCUGAAUCUGUCGGUUCAGUCGAUUGUGAUUAAUCGUAAACCUACUGGUUAUUGAAAAGAUACGAUUUUCGAGGAAAAAAUGGUUGCUGGACGCGCGUUGCAUUUUGUAUUCAAGAUACCGGAUCGCGGGUUAACGGCAAAGUUUUAUCGAGAGAUUCUCGGGAUGAAGGUGUUGAGACACGAGGAAUUUUCAGAUGGAUGCGAGGCCGCGUGCAACGGACCAUAUGCAAAUCGUUGGAGCAAAACAAUGAUAGGAUAUGGCCCCGAGGAUACACAUUUUGUCAUUGAGUUGACAUAUAAUUACGGGAUUAAAGAAUAUGAAACUGGAAACGAUUUCAAAGCUAUCACUAUACGUUCAAAAGAUGUGAUUGAAAAAGCACGUGCAAAUAAUUGGCCAAUACAUGAAGAAGAUGGAAAAUUUGUAGUACAGGCACCUGGUGGAUAUAAAUAUUACAUUGUUAAUGAGCAAUCUCCUACUAACAGUGAUCCAGUAGAAAAAGUUACUCUAUCCAGCUCCAAUCUUGAACGUACCAUUACCUAUUGGAAGGAUAUUUUGGGAUUACAAAUAUUUGGUAGGAAAGAUAAAAGUGUGUUGAUGGGUUAUAGCAAAGAUCAAGUCAAACUUGAAUUUGAAGAUAUUGGUACUGAAGUUAAUCACGCAAAGGCAUAUGGACGUAUCGCUUUUUCAGUACCGGUUUCAGAGCAACCAGCGAUCCAGAAAGCUAUUAAGGAAAAUGGAAAUAAAAUCUUGACUGAUUUGAUAACUUUAGAUACACCAGGAAAAGCUUCUGUAAGAGUUAUUAUUCUUGCUGAUCCAGAUGGGCACGAGAUUUGUUUCGUGGACUAUGAUUUAGUCAACUUUCUAGAGGAUUUAGACAACUCUCAUUUCCAGAUUAUUCGAGUGAAGAAAUUUUAAACAGAUAUAUUAAAAAGGAAUCAACAGACAACGCGUAAAAAAUUACUUGUACCGUUGAAUUAUUUGUAAUUUAUUAAUUUUAAGUGUAGGAGGAGUUUGAGAGACUUGAUACAGGAUAAUUUGAUACAGGAGUUAAAUCAAUUCAAAUGUCUCAUUCAAAUUUUGCGCCAAGCUUGUCAAGCCGACAUGCGAAUCAUGUUGUAAUAUGACAUCCUAGUGCCCAGAUAACAUGCAUAUUGCAUAAAAUAUCUAAAAGACCUCAUUUAGACAUCUUUUAGACAUAAGACAGUGGUGACUAACGACCACUAAACAGCGUGAAAUUUGAACGAGUAUUUGAAAUAGUUCAACUAUAUUAUACGGUCGAAUCUCCGGGACUCCUCCUAAAUAUUGUGGUGGAAUGCUAACUGACUUAAGUGAA